GGCCGAACCCCUACUUCCGGCGUUGAGGAGCGCGUGAAGAUGUACUCAGAGUGACUGACACUCAGCAAGACAGGUUACUCGGCCGGUGCGAAAUUCGAUAGUAAACAUGCAACCGCGGCAUUAUCGCAGUGAGUGACCGUUGUUGUAGCACACGCGAUUAUAAUGGCAGAGCACCUGUCGAAACGGCCUUCUAAAGGAAUCCUAAAGACGUCCAGCAGUUUUGAUAAUCCAGAGGCGCCUAGACCAAGUAAAGAGACAAAAUGGGACGAAAUGAAUAUUAUCGCCACCCUUCAUCCUCCUGACAAGGAUUACGGACAUAUGAAAAUCGAAGAACCGAAAACCCCGUAUAAUUUUGAGGGCCUUCAAAAUGAACAUGAAUUUGAUCAAUUAGACGCCAGUGCCAUUGCAGCAAAAUUAGCCGGAAGUAGCAAGCCGAAAAUUUUUGAAGAAUCCCAAGAAGAGGAGGAGGAAGAAGAAGAGGAAACUCCUGAACAAAGAGAAAAGAGGAGAGUUUUCGAGGCAAAGAGAAAAGGUCACUAUCGAGAAUGGCAUGCUGUACAAGAGGCGAGAAAACAACUUUUAGAGCAAGAUGAAGAAGAUGAGGAUGAAGAAGAUGGGCUGAGGAUUCUUGAUCGUUCGAUCAAAAUUCGACGAACAAUAAAGGCUGAACGAAGCGCUCCCACAAAUAGCAAGAGAGAUAUCGAGACGCCAUAUGUAAUAUUUACUUACAGUAAGAAACGUGUGUAUUUAAACGUGUUAGUAUAUGUUUAAUACAUUACAAACUCUGCAUUAGCGUAGUAUGCAUACAUUACACAACAUUGGAAUGCACGACCUCGAAUUUACGUUUCUUCUCAUAAUGUUUGAUUUUAUUUUCCAAACUUUCUGUAAAAGAAAAUAGCGUAGAUUAUACAUAAGUAGACGUAAAAAAAGAAACUAUCAGUUUGUACUAAAUGAGCUACAUCACCUAGUAAAUCUUGCUAUUUAUAAAAUGUAUAUUUAGGAAAGUUAUAACGUGUCGAACAUAGAAACGUCCAAGUGUGGCGGCAAUGUGUUUAGUAUAGCAAUGUAAAACAAAAGAAAACAAUGUUAUAUGUAUCUAAUUAUCAAAAUAUUUUGAAUGUCUGUAUUAUAUAGUGGAAUACAACAGUAUUAACAGAUCCUGAACGAUAUACUUGUAUGCAUGAUUCUCAAAGCAAAUAAAUAUAAAUUACAUAUGA